AUGUUGGUAAGGUUUAGGUCGAAGGAUGGAAUGCAGCGGGUUCGCUGCGAGGAAGGGGAGCCGUUCCAGUUGGUGGUCGAGCGGUGGAUGGCGAACGUGUCUGGGCCCGUGGACUUGAAGACGGUUUGUGUAGGGAGGGAGGCCAGUGGGCGCGGGGAGCCCCUUGAGACCCUCGUGGGGAAGAGUGUCCGGGAUAUGGGGCUGCAGCAGGGGGACAUCGUGUACGUGAACUACGAGACUGCCGGUGCUGGAGGUUCGGCGGCAGAGUCGAUGCAGGGGUUGAACCUCGGCGGGUCUGCACCGGGGCAACAACCCGCCACUGGGUCCGUGAAGAUAAUGGGCGGUAGUGGUGGUGGUGGUAAGGUCCCACAGCGGGUUGUGGAACUUCCCGUGGAUGAGUCACUUGAGCGUGAGGACGGUCUUAUUAUUCGGUCGCGGUCCGGGCUGUGCAAGCACGGGGAAAGGGGUAUGUGCGAGUACUGCUCGCCGUUGCCGCCUUGGGAUCGCGGGUACCAUGAGGAGCACAGCAUCAAACACAUCUCGUUCCAUUCGUAUUUGAAGAAACUGAACGAGAACACGAACAAGGGCACGGGUGGGUCGUACGUGGCGCCACUGUCCCAACCGGAUUUCAAGAUAGACAAGAACUGUAAGAAUGGGCACGAACCAUGGCCCCGUGGGAUUUGCUCUAAGUGCCAGCCGUCAGCGAUCACAUUGCAAACGCAGGAGUUUCGGAUGGUCGACCACGUCGAGUUCCAGAACAGCGAGCUCGUCAACCAGUUCAUCGAGUCCUGGCGGUCCACUGGGAUGCAGCGGUUCGCAUACAUGUACGGGACGUACAGCAGGUACGACUCGACGCCCUUGGGGAUUAAAGCCGUCGUGGAGGCGAUCUACGAGCCGCCACAACACGACGAGCAAGAUGGGCUCACGAUGGACAUGGACCAAGUUACCAAAGAGAUGGACGCCGUGGACGCGCUCGCAUUUCAGAUGGGUCUAUUCCGCGUCGGGUUCAUAUUCACAGACCUCACGGAUGCUGGACAAGGGGACGGGUCCGUGUUCUGCAAGCGGCACAAGGACUCGUACUUCUUGACCUCCUUUGAAACGAUUAUGGCCGCACGGCACCAGAUGGCGCACGCCAACGCAUGCAAGUUCAGCGAGCGGGGCACGUUCUCGUCCAAAUUUGUGACGUGCGUCGUAUCGGGGAACCUCGAGGGCGAGAUCGAUAUCGCAAGCUACCAGGUGUCCAUUGACGCGGAGGCACUUGUCGACGCACAGAUGAUCAGCGGCUCGACGCACCCAUCGAUGGCGUACAUCAACGAGACGACGGACGAACGGUACGUGCCGGAGCUUUUCUACAUGAAGAAGAACGAGUACGGACUCACGGUCAAGGAAAACGCCAAGCCGGCGUUCCCCGUGGACUACCUAAUUGUCUCGCUAACGCACGGGUUCCCCAAGGACUCCGCCGCUGCUGCUGCCGCUGGAGCAACCGCGGGCAAAUUCGCCACGACAAUGGGCUUCCCCUGGGCAAACAGACAGAUCAUGGGCCACUCGCAGGACUACCAAGAACUCAAGAAGUACCUCGAGGCGGCUACAACCGCGGGGGACUACAACUUGCUGCGCAAGAAACUGUCCAACUUCCACGUGCUUCUCUACAUCCACUCGCUACAGAUCCUCUCCCAUGAAGAGUGGUCGCUUCUCAUCCAGGCGGCGGCCUCGGGGGCCAGUCCUGAACACGACCAGGGCACUGAGCAACAGCAACAGCAUCUCUUCGAGCUCCUGUCGUCCCCCGGUUGGCAGACCCUCGCGAUGAUCCUCGAGGAAUCGUCCUUCUAG